AUGAAGUGUAUUUCGUUUGGUACAGGACCAUCUGUUACUAUUCCAGAGACCAUUGCUAUUGGUGCUUCUGUUUAUAAGUUAACUGCAUCUGAUCCUGAUGAAGAUCCUUUACAGCUUUUCUACGCUGUGGUAUCUAUUAAUGACACUGGAUCUCCAAGCCUCUCUUGCACAGGCACAGUAACUAUCACAAUUACUGACGUAAAUGAUGAAGUUCCCAUCAUCAGCCCCUGUCCAUCAAAUACUUUAACCCCUUAUGAAGAAGUGGCUGCUGGGACAACACUGAUCACUUUAUCUGCUUCAGAUGGUGAUAGCAAUGAUAGCCUGACUUUCAGCUUUGCAGUAAAUGAACCUUCCUUUCAAAUUUCCCAAGUUGGAGACACUGCAAUAAUCACCAAUACAUUCACGUUGGACUAUGACAAUGUGUCUGUGGCCACAUUCUAUACAUUAAAUGUGGUGGUUACAGACCUGGGAGGGAACCAAGCAAUGUGCAACCUGAAUGUUUCAUUGAUUCCGGUCAAUGAAGAUCCAAUAUGCGAUGCUGUAUUUACAGCAGGGACAGCAUCAGUAGAUAUUAAUGAGACACAUGAUGUCCUAACAGCCAUCUACCAGGUUUCUGCAACAGAUCCCGAUUUUGAGGACUCUUUAACAUUUGAUAUUAAAUCCCUGACAUCAGGCCCAGUUACAGGAGGAAAUUUCUUCAUUAUUAAUUCAGCAACUGGAAUUGUCUACCGAAAUUCUUCAACAUCACUGGAUUAUGAAUCUGGAUAUCACGUCUUCAAGUUGGAAAUUACAGUGAAAGACAAAGGAAUCCCAGCUCCACAAAAGUCCUGUGAAGGAACUCUGACCAUUAACAUCAUUGACGAGAAUGAUGAACUCCCUGUUGUGAGUUUCAGCCCUGAAAAUCCAGUCAAUGUCACAGAUGAUAUUCUGAAUGGAACAGUGGUACUGCAGAUGAAUGCCAGUGAUAAGGAUGCUGGUGACAUUGUGUCUUUUAAGUUUGCUAGUCCUUCUGACGAGUUUUCCAUUGAUCCAGUCACAGGGAUCUUGACUACAAUAAAAGUAUUAGAUUAUGAUAGCAGCACUACCCUAAGAUCCUAUCCACUCCAUGUGUUUGCCAUUGACAAGGGUUUCAACACUGUCACUGUGACACUGACUAUAUUACUACAACCUGUUAAUGAACCUCCAGUGUGCAUCUCUCCACAGUUUGUGCAGGGAACAGCCACAGUGGAUAUUGAUGAGAACUACUCAAAUCUGAAAUCCAUCUACCAAGUUAAUGCUACAGACCCUGAUAUGGACGAUUCAAUGACAUUUAGCAUUGAGUCCCAGGAGUCUAGCCCUGUUACAGGAGGGUACUUAUUCAGCAUUGAUCCUGAUACUGGAAUUGUGUUCAGAAACUCUACUACAGUAUUAGACUAUGACAACACAUAUCAUCUUUUCACACUAAAGAUUGUGGUAAAUGAUGAAGGAAGUCCAGCUCCGCAGAUGUCAUGCAAAGGAAUUCUGACUAUAAUAGUUAAUAAUUUGAAUGAUGAGGCACCCAUAUUUACUCCAGUCCCCUCAGAUACAAUUCGUACAAAAGAGGAAGUGAUUAUUGGAACUCUGUUGGUGAAGAUGGAAGCUUCUGACUUGGAUGAAAGUGAUAAUGUUUUCUUUGAGUUUAUUGAUCCUCAGCCACUUUUCUCCAUAGAUGUUGAUUCUGGCGAUAUCGCCUUACAGAUGCGGCUAGACUAUGACAGCCCUGAUGUUGCAAAAGUUCAUUUAUUACCCAUCAGAGCAUAUGAUAACAAUCGUACACACUCGUCCACUUACACGCUGACAGUGUCAGUGGAUGAUGUGGACGAAGCACCUGUCUGUGAUCCUGCAUUCACCGUGGGAGCAGGUGUUUCUCUUGUUGUUCCUGAGAAUUUUCCCACCUCUACAUCAAUUUAUCAGAUCCUUGCUGCUGACCCAGAUGCCAAUGAUUCUAUUCAAUACAGUAUUACCGAUGAAACUACCGGAACUGCUCAGUACUUCACACUGGAUUCCAACAGUGGAUUGAUUUCUAGAAGUUCAGUUUCACCCUUAGAUUAUGAAGAUGGUUUGACGAGAUUUCAGAUGAAAGUCGAAGUAACUGAGGUUGGAAAGAGUAGCCCUAAAUCUUGCACUGGCUCCAUUACAAUUAAUCUUGAAAAUCUCAAUGAUGAAUCACCUCUGUUCAGUGCAAUCUCACCAAAUCCAUUAACCAUUAAUGAAAGUCUGCCCAGGGGAACAUUGGUAAUAAAAGUUAAUGCCACAGACAAGGAUGCGGAUGAUGUCAUUUACUACGAAUUUGUGAAAACUUAUACUGGCUUCCUGAUUGAAGAAGACACAGGUGAGAUCAAAGUGGCUUACCCCAUGGAUUAUGAUGAUUCCGACACGCUGACCACUUCAAUCCUGGAAAUAAGAGCUUAUGAUUUAGACAGAGUUCAUUCCUCCACAGCCACACUUACAGUCCACAUUGCAGACAUUAAUGAUAAUCCUCCUCAGUGCUCCAGAUAUCUCUAUAUCACUGAGCUUGCAGAAACCUCCCCAGAAGGUACACCAGUUGUAUCACUUAACUGCUGGGAUAAUGACCGAACAGCAGCUAAUAAUAUCCUGCAAUUCACAAUGAUUCUGGAUACAUAUUCACCAGGAAGGUUUAAUAUUACUGACAAUGAAAUAACUAUUGGGAGCUCACUUUUGCAAUAUGAUGAUAGCUCAUUCGGUGCAGUUCAUUUUCAACAUGUAAUAUUUGUUAAAGUGGAGGAUAAUGGCAUCCCUCGAUUGACAAGUACCUCCACAGUUAUAGUGAAGGUCACACGAGUGAAUGAGCAGAAUCCUUCCUCUGAAUCAAGAACAUUUAACAUCUUUGAAGAUAGUCCCAUUGGAGCUCUCGUUGGAACAGCUAAAUUUACUGAUGGUGACCUGCCAAAUAGCAAUAUAAAGUAUUCUAUUGUCGGAGGCAACAGCGAUGUCCCACCCAAGUUUUAUAUUGAAUCAAACUCAGGUCGGAUAAGGCUUUUAAAUGCACUGGAUAGAGAAACUCAAGAUAUUUACAUACUCACUGUGAAAGCGGAGGACAUGAAUAAUGAUCUACAAACUGAUCCACUGAGGCAGAGAAGGAGCUCAGCUACAGUAACUGUUAAUGUCAUGAAUGUGAAUGAUGAGCCUCCAGUGUGUGACCCAGAAUAUUACGAGCAAACCAUCUACUCUACUAUCACCUCCCCCUUUAUCCAGCUGCAAUGUUCUGACAAAGACUCGCCAGAUCAUGAACUUUCCUACUCAAUUGUGGGAGAAAACACACAAAAUUUGUUUGAGCUUCAGAGGCCAGACAACAAUCCUGCAAAGGUGGCCUCCACGCAAAGAUUUCAGUUUGACAUCAUUCAAGGAAUUGAACAUCCCAGGGAAUACACACUGCUGAUCCAAGUGACUGAUGAGUUUGGUCAGGAUAAACAUCAACAACUGACUUCUACAGCAACUGUGGUGAUACAUGUAGUGCCAUGGACAACCACUCAACCUACAACGUCCACUACUACAGAGUUCACCACCAGUGUGUUAACAUUAACUUCAUUUUACUGGAGUCCAGAGCGAUGGUUUGUUGCAGUGCUGACUCUUGCUGGAGCCCUGACAGUGCUCGCUGUUUCUGGUAUAGCCUGGGUGUGCUAUCAAAAGGCUCAAUCAGUCACAAACCAACAAAGACCUAUCCUAAAACAGUCUCAACUUUCAGAAGAACAAGACAAGGUAUUGUUUGAUGGACAAGCAAGAGACCCAGUUUCAGGAAACUGGUACGUGUACAACAGUGAGACAGGGCAGCGUAAAUGGAUGAACAAUGCAUAAACACCAUUGGGAUUUACUGGGUGAUGAGAUCAUUUUCUCUCGUGA